AUGAUCGCGUUUUUCUUCAGUGUUCGGCUACGAGUCAACGAUAAGGAGGUGGGCGAGAAGCAGACGCUUGACGACGAAUCGCCGAUUGGCACUACAGCCAGUCAAAUGUUCAUCGGAGGUUUUGCUGAGCGAUCAAAGCCGCCGAAUAACGAAAUACCAAUUACCGUACCGCUUAUCGGAUGCGUUUCCGACAUUUACCACAACUACAAAAAGAUUCCGAUUGUGCCGGAAGAACACAGCGCUGAAAUCGGAACGUGCGCCAUCGAGUCGCCAAGCUUCGCUUCUCCUAUCGAUGAACCGUUGGAUCCCGAAACCUAUAAGCAUCAUCGGAAAGACUCACGUUUGAGUCAUCAACUGGACAGAAACUUUUAUGAACUUCUUCCUCAUUCUCCUAUACACACCAGAAUGAAAUUCAUCUCUUUUCAGACACAGAGAAGCCUUUCAGCCCGGUUCAUUCGAAGCCCGCUAAGGAAACAACGCAAAUGUGUGGUGGAGGACUCACUUCAGCCGUACGAGAUGGCAAAGGAGCUGUUCGGUUUGGCCUCUCCAAAAGCUCCCACAGUCGUGUUAAUUUCGAAGGGAAACUGUAUCCAAACAUUUCGGAGUAAGUGUUUCGUUGAAGAAGAGCUGGUGAACGGUGCGGUGCAAAACCUUGAAGGUGAAUCUUCACGCGAUGUCAUUCCUUGUGCCCAACCAACGAAAGGAAUGUACGCCCAUGAGGGGAAGGAUUAUGCUGUGUUUGAUGGUGUCCAGAAAUCCAUCAAAGAUGGCUCUCGUAACAUCGACAUAACUCUGAGCUUCCGACCAAUUGUGGAUGAAGGAACCAUACUCGCUCUGCUGAGCAACAGUAAUCCAGAAGCAGCACGGCUAACCCUGGAAUUGAAGCAGGAUAAGGUUCUGGUCACCGUGAUCCAUGCCGCCAGCGAUCUCGAGAUUCGUGAUGCGAUUCCAGCGCUACGACCGCUCUGCGACGGUGCAUGGCAUUCACUUCACUUAUCGAUCGGCGACAAGAUAAUGCAGAUCAAAAUCGAUGAGGAACGGAAUGAGUUGCCGGUCAAUCACAUGUCGUCCGAUGCUCGAGAAUUGUUCCUAAAUCUACCUGUGAAUGUCGCUGGAGUGUCCGCUCCAGUAGCGGAAAAACUGUCGACGACAUCAUUGAUGGGAUGCUAUCGCGAGCUGAGGUUUGCUGGUCAUCCGAAGUACUUUGAAAAUGCUCCGAAACAGAACAAAAUUGCCGUGGAUGGAUGUCCGUUUCAAUGA